UCCAUCCCCUUUCUCGUCUUGCGUCCUCUCCCAUACAAAGAAAUGGAAGAAAAGAGAGUUGAAAGCUCCAAGGAAUUCAUGAUGCCCUCUCAAGUGAAGAACAUCAUCCCUCACCUACUCCUCUCCCUCUCCCUAUUUUCCUUUGUCUUCUCCUACUCCUCAUCUUUACUCAGUCUCCACUCCCCCAAUAAGUUCCCCUACUUCUCCACCAACAACUCCUUCCUCAACAAAAACUGUUUGUUUCUCAUAUGCAACGGCCUCCUCGUAUUUCUAGCCAAAACCUCCGGUACUCUCGUCCCACCGCCGCCCAAACAAGUACUGGAGAAACUGUACGUGUUGGAGGAAAUUAGUGCUCACCCAAAACAAGAAGAAGAAGAAGAAACAAAGGAGAAGAGUGGGCAAGGGGCAAAGGAUCAAGUAUCCAUCUUCAUUGAAGAGGAGGAAGGAGGCGGUGAUUUGGAGGAUGAGCGUGGAAGCUGUUGGCUUUUUGAUGAUGAACAGCUUUACGGAGAAGAAGCGGAGGAGGAGGAGGAAGAAGAAGAGAAGGAGGAGAUGAGUACGGAAGAGAUGAACAAGAAGUUUGAAGAUUUCAUAAGGAGGAUGAAGGAGGAGAUUAUGAUUAAUGAAGCCACACACAACAACCUGCUUAUACUUAAUUAAUUUAGAACCCCAUCAUUUUUAACUCAUCAAUCAUUACCUAAUUAAUUACUACAAUUAUGAAUA